CCCCUCACAUGACUUUCACUUUCAAGGCCUUUCUACCCAAUCACAUAACUGAAUCAAACAAAAAACUCAGCCCACGUGCUUAAAGACGCAGCAGCUAUUGGCUUAGGGUAACGAUGCUUAUGGUAGCAUUUUGUGUUCUUUUAUAAGCACUAGAAUUAUAUACUUAAAGCUUCAUUAACAUCGUGGCGAAUUACCUUUAAGUUUGUGCCGGCGCUGUUUUAUUUGUUUGCAUGUUCACAUAGACAUGGUAGACAAAGAAAUCCAAAACAUCGACUUCUCAGGAAGUAACUUCGGAAACAGCCACGAAAGAGCGGUUAUUCCGUCAACAUCGUCUUACGGAACGUUUGUAAACUCAGUCGGAACAUACAGUAAUUCACACCACUCUCGGAUUCGACGUAGUUCCGAUGACAGGGAGAAAGAUUUACUUCUUGAGGCAGAACAUGAGAGACAAUCGCAGCCAUUACACUUUGAUGAAUUGUGGUUCUCGAAUCCUCAAGAGGUGCAUGUGGAUCGUUUGGAGAUUUCAGGAGAACGCGUCGAAGUGCCUAGUUCUUCAGGACCGAUAUCCGUUCCUGAGGAGUCGAUGUCUGCGUGCUCAAAACGUUCUUCUCCUCACAGAAUACAGCUAAAUAAUAAUAAUAAUGGCUUCGAGAAUAACCCCCACCGCUCCAGUUAUUUCGAUAGUCAUGAGGGAUAUUUGGCUUCGAGAUCAGGGGCGGAAUAUGGUGCGACAAGUGAUCCUGUGUUUUCUGCUACUGAAGAUACUGAUGGUUGGAUCAUUGUCGAUUUACCAGAAGCAUUACCGUCACUUCACUGCCCCGCUGCUCGCCGGCAAGAGGCUGGCAGUAAUGUGAAAGAUUUCUUCGCAAGUGGAAAGAAGGAUACCAAGUUGGGUUUGGACGUUUUACCUAGUACGUAAGACAACCUAAACUCUCCUUAACCUUUUUUCUCAUUAUAAAACUGCAGUCUGAUAUCGAUAAUAUUAAUUCGUAAGGGUUAUACAGAUUUCAUUUACCGUUUUGUAUUAUUAUCAUCCUUUUUAGGUACCAUGAAACUCAACGAAGGCCUCUAUAUUAUAUGUCUUUUUAAAAGACGGAUAAUUGCCAGGGAUAAACUUGAGCAUGCUCUAUACAUUAUCCCCGUUCACAAAUAUCAUGAGGUUAGUCAUGUGAAUUAUCUGUAUCUAUGACACGGUGUAUUUGUGUCAUGCUCAAUACCUGACGGAUAUUUUUUGUAUUGUAGAUAUUUCCCAAAAUUAAAAGGCAUGAAGCACUUGUUUGUCAUGGAACAGAAUUUCCUAUGGGGGAAGAAGACAAACCCAUGCAGCAAUGUAAACUUCAUCGACAAUUAAUAAUUGCUGACAAAUUAUAUGUCAAGUUUGAAAUGGUUGUUGGUCAGGUAUUCUCAGUUGAGGAACCUUGCACGGUAUGUUGUAAAAUUAACUGAUCAUAGCGUUAGUACAUAAGUGCUAAAAUUCUUAAAAAAUUAAGCAGUUAUUCCGUGUAGGUUUACUUUAAUGACAGCGAUAAGAAGUUCGCUCUCCUUGCGUAAAACUUUACUCAACAAAGCUGUUCAAACUGAAACACGAGAAAACCCACUACAGACUAUUGAAAGUGUGCUAAACAACAACACGACUAAUAGAAAAAUAUAUUUAAGUGUAACCUGAUUUUGAAAAGAAAACAAUCCGUUCAUUAAUUUUACAAACGCGUAUGCGUUUAUAUAUUUUGUUCUAGCUUAUGUAUUGUAAUAAGUCUUAAGUAGUUUCAUUAUGUUAGUACAGUGUCGCGAUUUGUAGAUGAUGAUGGCCAGCUAGAGGUUAGACGGUUGAAUAAAGGUCUUGAAUGACUGAUGGUUUUAUACUGAUUGUAAAUACGUGAUUUAGCAACUGAAGGUUGCCACAAGUACUGAGUAAGGUAAAUUAUAGGAAAAUUUAUCUUCUUUUAAGGAGCAGGGAAUUAAAAAAAUUAAAUAGGAAAUAAUUAUAGUUAUUGGCAAGGUCAGUUACAAUUGUAACUCUGUUUUUUGGUGUUUCAUGAGAUAAUAAAAGAGGCAUGUUUCAACCAGAAAAGUAUUAAGUGGUUAAUCGAUUUGAUACAAGAUGCUCUAGGAAACCAUAUCCCUAGAUGAACAUAUACAAGAGACGAAUAUUCACGCUAUGUGAAAGAGUUGAAAAUGAAGCAAAAUGUAAAUGCAAGCUAGGUCAAAAAAAUGGUUUAGAGGCGAGGCCAAAGGCAUGUGGAAGUCAAAGAAUUUUGAUUUGUCAUGAGUGGUUGCCCUGAAAAAGGGCAUUGCUAUAUGUGUUCUCUAAUUGAACCACACCAAGUAUAAUUUGGACUAAUUUAUAAAAUUGCUUCUUAUUUCUUCUACAUUGCAGAGAACUGUAACUGUUGCUGACAUCAUUUCUCAGAGUAAUGAGCGCAUCACAGCUGGAUUCUCAGUUGAAGUUUUGAUCAAAUGCCUUGGUGGCAGAGACAAGCUCUACGAGGACAGUGUUAGAGUAACGCUCCAAACUGGAAGCACAACUAUAUGUUUAAUUUUUCCUGUUGCUGUAAGCUACGUUCCUCAGAAUUCCUGCCUUAGUAUCUACAAUUUGACAGAUUUUGAGCAUAGUAAUUGAGCUACAUUAAGUGAAAAUUGCCAUUAAGUUUGGGUCAAGUUCUCAUGUCAAUAGCAUCUCUCACAAUGUGUAGAGUAAGUUUGAUUUCUAGAACCUGCUUGCAUGGUGUGACGUAAUUCAAAGGUACUGCCCAGUUAACCUACUUGUGGUACAGUUUAGUUAACAUGUAUUUGGAAAUAUUAUUUUUUUAGGUAAUUUAUCUACAUCUUCCAGUUAUAGAAGCAGAUCGUAUUUAUUGUUAAGUAUUUUUUUUUUGUCAUUUCCAGUAUUACGAAGCAAGCAAUUCUCCUUGGCCACGUGGUUGUCCAGGUAUAGAGUCGUUAGUUGUUGUUUAGUUCAAUUUUUCUUCCAUUCAUCGUUUAUUGCUGUUUACGGGUGCAAAUUGGUUUUAUUAAUUCAUUAACCAAGAAAGAAGUGAGCAGCAGAGUUCCCACCAUCUAUGACCUAUAUUCUGAAAUAUUAAAAAAGUUAUGUUUUGUAGUUUUUAAAGGUACAUAGAUUUGAUAGAUGGGUAGAUGGGUGUGUAUUUUCGUCUAUAUUGUGAAAAUCAAGUGGUUUUUUACCGUGUGUGUAUUUACGAAUUUCAUACAUAAUUCAGUUCUACUUGAAUUUGGUCUUCCUUGCAAUGGGAAAUGCUGUUUUAGAAAAAAGCUUUUUAGUAAUAAUGAGAUAGUGAUGCUAACAAAAAUGUCCUUAUUUUUCAGUCACAACUAUGCCAGAUGAGGACAGAGACGCCUUGCGCUCUUGUCUAGUUGAACUUCUGGACAAUAUUGGUGAUCCAAUAUCACUCUGUGACCACUUGUACCAACACAGAAUUCUUGAUACUGAUGACGUGGAUCACGUCAUGUCUUUACGCACGAAGAAGGAACGCAAUUCUCAUUUGUUGCGUACCAUUCAGACAAAAGGAAAUGUCCUUGACUUUGUCAUCAAAGUUAUGCAAUCCAAGCGUGAAAAUCAAGGAGCAGCUGCCAUUUUACAGAAAAAGAGACACAAUGGAGCUGAUAUAUGAAGCUAGUUGAUGGCUUCAUGGAAGUCAUAUUCGUUAAAUGAUAAUCAUCAGAUUUCAUUUUGCUACUCACCUAUGCAGUAUGGCAGAAAGCUAUACACAUGAAACAAAGGCGUUUUGCCUUUCUCGUGGAAAGAGUGCAAUAAUAUUUUAUUUGAAAGCCUUUAAACUUAGAGUCACUCUCAAACGUGUGAUAUUAAUAGUUGUUAGUAUGAUCUCAAGGAUGGUUACUUUCAAAAACAAUCGUUCUUAACAUAAAGUGUAUUUAUUGUUUGUUGUUGACAUCGUACUCUGUGGUUUGUGAAGCCAACAAUUUGUUCUGACAGGUGGAAUGCCCAUAUCUUGCAAACCUGUGCAGUCCUUUUUAAUCAUCUUGUCCAAUGCAAGUUGGUUAAUAUUAGUAAUAUCCCUAGUACGUGUUAAUUUUGCUGUUCUUUUUUGUAAUAGCUAGUGAGAUCAUUUUACUUUUUAACAGUUUUACUAUCAUAUUGCUUUCAAUUUCAGCUUUAGAUAUACUACUUGUUGUAAAUGACAUGCAUAGCUAAAUAUGUCAAAGUUUGGAAGUUUAGACUGAAUAGUUAUUUCGAGAUUGGAUUCGCAUUUAUGAUGUUCAACAGAUGUGACUGAAUGUGAUGACUGUGUCAGGAAGAAAAAAACGAGCAUCAGUAACAAUAUCGUACCCUUUUUCAUUAUAAGAGGAGAGCUAAUGAUGCCAGUUGUAGUCCUUGCGUGAACAGUUUUGGUUUAUUUCUAUUGGGUGCAUUAUGGCAGUUGUAAAGAAAACUGAUCACAUCCGGGGACCUGCCAUGUUUUGGACUAGCCCUGCUCCAGUAGUAGGAUAAUAUCUAGUUCUUAGACACCAACAUGACACUGAUUAAUCUAUUGAAAGGUGUCAGCAUCACUUCAGGCAAGUGAGGCAAGAGAAAAAUGUUUUUAAUAUGUGAAACACACAUUUGAUUUGACCUUGUUGUCAACCUGUAUAUAAAAAUAUUGAUUAAGCUGUGUCACCGUGUAAAGGUGGAUUCAAUAUUUUGUCCAUGAAAAGUUGCUUCAUUGUUCUUUUUUUACUAUUUUGGGAUAUAUAUUUUUUAAAAUAAGGGUGUAUUUCAGAAAAAUAGAAUUAACAUUUGUAUAAAAAAUCAGGAAUUUCCUUUAACUGGAAAUAAUUUAAUUGCUUUUUGGUAGGUAUUUAAAGAGCGCUGCCAACUUAGUCAUUCAGUGCCCA